AAUUCUUCUUGAUUAAGUCUAUUUUCCUCUGGGCUAUGCCAUCUUUGUCCUAACUCAAGUAGAAGCUAUGUGUCAAAGAACAUACUCAACAAAAAAUUCACGUUUGUAGUUAGUGGCACAAGAAAGGUGAUGAUGAGAUUUGAACCCGUGGCCUAUAGUCAACAAGUUGGCUUUGAUACCGUGUUAAGGAACCAACUCAACCAAAAGCUCAAACUUGUUAUUAGAGACCCAAGAAAGGAUAACAGUAUUCAAUUUCACGCUCUUCCAUUUAAGACAAGACAUCUCCUGAGAAUGAAUUGUUUGACAGGAAAAGAGCCGGCCUGAAAUUCUCUGCAAAUCGCUGAACAAGGAAAUGCGAAUCGCUCUCCAUGUCCAUCUCUCUAGUCGUAAGCAUUUCACACCCCGGCAUCGCAACCAUGGCGGCUUUCUCUAGUCCUGAGCUGAGGUUUCCGGCGUUGGAUUUUUCAGCGAUGGACAAAUUCCCAGUGGAGGAGGACCGGAUAAGCCCGGCGGCGAUGCGGUGCUUGUUUGGUGUUUUCUGUUGUUCUUCCCUAUUCGACAUUUUGUGCUAGUAGUUUACUCCGUAUAUUGAUAAAAAAAUGUCUGUUUACACUUUGUGAAGUGAACUAAUAUUCUGUGACAAUGGGAACCGUUAAAAUAUCGGUGCAUUCCAUUAGUAUAAAGUUGGGAUUCACUUUUUGGUGUAUCCCUAACAUGGUUCGUUUUGGAAAAUUAACGUCAAUAACCUUUCUGUUUUUGAAACUUACGAAGUAUUUGUAUAGUUUUUGUGGAAAUAUUCAAGUAAUGAAAAAGUUCACAAAUU